AUGGAAGCUCCCAGUGAAGAUACCAAAGGGCCUGUGCCAACGGAUAAUGAUAAUUAUAAUCCUCCUCCUCCUCCUCUGCCUAUUACUCAACAACCGCUUGGCUACAAUCCAGUCAAUCCACCUUAUCCAGCUAAUCCAUCGAUGGCGAACCCACCCUACAAUCCAGCCAAUCCACCGUAUCCUGCCAAUCCAUCGAUGGCGAACCCACCCUUAAUGAUGAAUAAUCCAGCGCCAUUGCAAAUGAAUCAAGUAACAUUACAUCAACCUGGUACUGCUGCCUAUAGAGCUACUGAAGUACCAAAUUUGGCUUUGAUGGGACUACAGCAGCAGCAGCAGCAGAUGCAAUGGAUGAUGCCGCCACCACCAUCGCCUAGCUGUCCACCAGGCCUAGAAUGUUUAACACAGCUUGAUCAAAUUAUUAUUAUGCAGAGACUCAAUAUCGUAGAAUUAAUGAGAGGAAUAGAUAUGGCCAAUCGUUAUGAUGCGAAGAAUAAGUUCGGCCAGGAAGUCUUCUUUCUUGCUGAAGUGCCGACUCCAUUCAGCUGCAAUUGCUGUUCUCGUCUCUUUCACAUGAAGAUACUUGACGCUAACGAUAAAGAAGUUAUGCAUUACUCCCGACCAUAUCGCUGUGGACUCUGCUGCUGCUGUUGUUGUUUCACAGACUGCAUGGAAGAUAUGACGAUAGAAUCACCGACCGGCAAUGCAAUUGGCUCCAUUCGUCAGACUGCAAGAAUUGGACCAAAAUUUCAAGUUUUGGAUACUGAAAAGAAUAAAAUCUUUAACGUCAAUGGUCCAUUUGGAGUUGUUGAUACUGAUGGUCAAAACGUGGGUUCAAUUGUUAAGGGUUGGUCUGGAAUGCGAUCUGUAGUUAGCCAAGAUCGUUUAGAUAUCAACUCAGUUCCGAUGGAUCUCGAUGUAAAAAACAAAGCACUCAUGAUGGGAGCUGGCAUCUUGAUCGACUACAUGCUAUUUCAGCGAGUAAUGGCUAAUAAUAAUCGUCGUUAG